UCGGUCGCGGAAAUGAAAGACGCGCUCGGUUGGUCGACGUACCAGUGGCGGCUGUUCUGCGUCUGCGGGCUGUGCAUCAUGGCGGAGAGCAUAGAGGUAAAUCUGUUGUCGUUCUUGACGAUCGAAUGUAAGCGGGAGUGGGGACUGAGCGCCGCGAAGGCGGAUGACAUCGCGGGGAGCGUGUUCCUGGGCGAAGUCGCGGGGUGCGUGCUGUUCGGGCUCAUCGCCGACGCCGUGGGCCGACGGCCGGCGUUCGCGUUGGGUGUGUUCCUCGUCACUGCGUUCGGGAUCGCCUCGGCGUUUAGUCAAUCGUCGACGCAGUUGAUAUUGUUUCGGUUCGGGUGCGGCGUCGGCAUCGGCGGUUUCAGCGUGCCGUACGAUUUGUUGUGCGAGUUUUGUCCGAACACGAGUCGGGGAGUUGUGAUGAUGGGAUUGUGGAUUUGGUGGACGGUCGGGUCGUUCAUGACGCUCCAGAUAGCGGCGACGACGCUCGAGAGUCAGGGUUGGCGAAUGUUGUGCUUGUACUGCGCGAUUCCACCGCUUUUGAGCUCCAUCGGUUUGUAUUGGGUCGACGAGAGCCCGAACUGGCUCGUCAUCAAAGGCAGACGCAAGGAGGCUGAGCAAAUACUUGCAAAAGCGGCAAAAAUGAAUGAUGUGGACUUAGGAGAGAUGGAGCUAGAGGUGGAAGAGCACGCCUCGCUGGACGUGACGCUGUUGUUCAAGGAUGGGAAUUCGGCGCGCACGGUGAUGGUUUGGAUCGUGAGCUUUGCGCAAACCUUCAUCUAUUAUGGAAUCGUGCUCUAUUUGCCGCGAGCGUUCUUAGUGCUCGCGGACGGUAAGAACAAAAAGACGACCGAAAUGUCGACGGAGUACCCGUACUGGGCGCUCUUUGCGUCUUGCGCCGGAGAACUCUUGGCAAACUUUUUGGCGUUAUUUUGCGUUCAAAUUUACAGUCGCUCAAAGUUGAUGAGUUUCUUCUUUGCUGGCUUCGCGUUGACGUUCCCAGUCAUCAUUACAGACGUUCCCGACGUGAUCAUGGUAGUUUUUGCAAUGUUGGCGAGACUUUGCGCGACAAUUGCAGGGAAUCUCACUUGGCUAAUCUCUCCGGAGGCGUAUCCAACGCAAGUGCGCGCCACGGGACACAGUUGGGCGAACAUGGCCGCGCGGGGAGGGGCAUUUGUG